CCGCGGCCACGCCCUCCGGCCCCUCCGAUUGGUCGGGGCGGCGAGCGAGGCGAGUGCGGCUCAGGACUGUAUAUCACCUCCGAGACGCUCAAGAGAGCGACACACCGCAGACCUCCGACACCGGCCCGCAGCCGCCCCCCAGCGCACGGCGAAAAGCAGCUGUUUCUUUUGACCCGUGGAAUACAGGGAGGUGUUUUCCGAAAGUCUGGCAGCUGGAGCAGUUGUUGUACUAGGUCCUUCAUUCAGAUAAUCCUCCAGGCUACUGGGCUUCCUGAUCUCUGGAGGCUGGAGGAAUAUGGUGGAAUGCCGAUUGUGUUCAGGUGCCUUGCUGGCGAUCGGGGAAGCAGGAGGCGGCCAUCUGGGUCUGCAUGAGUGAGGCUGCACCCAGCGAUGGAACCCUGUCCUACACUGGCCUGGGUCCUGCUGUUGAGUCUGAUCACCGACUGGCUGAAAACUGUCCACUCACGGGACUUCAUAGCCACAGACAUCAUCUAUCUCCAUCCUUCAACCACUCCAUACCCAGGUGGGUUCAAGUGUUUCACUUGUGAAAAUGCAACAGAUAACUAUGAAUGCAAUCGAUGGGCACCAGACUUGUACUGCCCCAGAGAAGCCAGGUACUGCUUCACGAGUCACAGGAUGGACUCCCGGGGGGAAAGCGUGUCGGUGACGAAGCGCUGCGUGCCCCUGGAGGACUGUCUGUCGACGGGGUGUGCGGCGCUCGGCCCUGAAGGCCACAAGGUGUGCACCUCAUGCUGUGAGGGGAAUAUCUGUAACAUGCCACUGCCGAGGAAUGAGACCGACGCCAUAUUUGCAACUACUUCGCCUCUCAACAGAACCCCGAGACUUGUGCACAACCCUCUGGGUCUCUUCAGCAUAUCCUGCUACAGUCUCAUUGUUCUGUGGCUUCCAUAACAUUUGAAGCAGAGCUGAAGGGGAAGAGAUGUGGGGACUUAGACUCAACUAAAGGCCAAAUUUAUGACUAAAGUAUUACAAUUGUCGUUUUAACUUAUCAUAGUUAUAUUAUUUUGUUUUUUUAUUUGAUUUUUUUUAACAAAGAGAUUCAGGAAGUAAACUGAACAAGAUGUCUAUUACAAAUAGCGGAUGUACUCCAGAGACUAUGUCGACCUCUCAGCCUAAGAUGACAUCUGUGAGCCCAUGUGUGGUUGAAGAUUGUGCCCGAGUUCUGUAAUUCACUGUUACUUCCAGCACUGUAUAACAGCCCCCGGACAAGCCAAGAUUAAUAUGCCUGGGCAAGUCAGGAGUCUAUGCCUGUUUGUGACCUCAGUUUCAUGUUUUCAUUUUUUUUUCUGUAUAUGUGUUUUGUACAGUAUAUAUAGUAUUUAUUUUUGUAUAAUACAUUUAUACUAGAAUGUUCAAAUGUUAGAUGAAUAUUAAGCAUUUAAAUUUAAAACACAACAUACAACACAUAAAACAUUUAAAGAUGAAGACAAAAUUGCCCAGCUGGGAAAGUCUGGCCCGUGGACUCUGUAUGAUGGUAAAGGUUAUUUUUUGACCAACAUGAUAAAGCAGCACCUACUGUAUAAUACAUUACUGGCCAGUCAUUUAACUCUUAAUAGAGACCUUUGCAUAUAGGAAUAUUAAGAUAUGCUAUUUAUAGGUCACAGUUAAAAAGUAAUUGAAUAAAUAAGGAAAAUUGAUAAACAUUAAUAUGUGAGUUUCCACUAAAUUUCUUUAAAGCAAUGCUUUGCAAAAUAAAUAUUUACAACAAACUUACAUAACUACAGUUCUUCUGUUCUGUAAAUCAGGAGGACAAGCUUAGCAUGUUUUCUGAAUACCUUCUGAUGGGGGGGGGGGUGCUUUUUGUUAUCACUGAGCCCAUGGUGUGGUCACAGAAGUAUCCUGACCAGAUAAGUGAGGUUAUUUGUAUUUUCACUGUUAAUCUGGGCAGUUUGCCUGUGAAUAUGACAGGGGGUUAUAUGGGGAAUAUGACAGCAGGUUCACUCCACCUACUUCAAAUGGAUCCUUUACCAAGAAUUUAAGGAAUAUGACUGUCAGCAGAAUAAAUGUAUUACCAGUGAUUUCAAACAAUGCCCUUUGUUGGACUGUACUUAUUUGUGUUACACUAUAAAACAAAAUAUUACAAGAAUGCUGGAUACAGUAUACAAAUUGUGUACCUGUCGAUUUUGCAUGGAGCAAUAUAUACAGUACAUACAAGUGACAGAACUUCUCAGUAUGAAUAUAGCAAAGCUGUUCAAUUUGAUAAAAACAAGCCUGAGCAUUUUUAUUAAACAAAGCAUAACCAUAUAUACUUGUGUUCAAAGCAGUAUGUACCAAGUACACAGCUAGUGUACAUUACAUUUUAAAUGUAAUAUUGAUGUAAAUGUUGUAAAAUUGGGAACGUGUUUGGACAAUUUAUAUUAAAACAAUUCGAACAAAAAAAAUGACCGACCACUUGAUGAAUGAUUACAAGUUAUUGAUAUACUUAAGCUAAAUAGUGGAAAUCACAGCCACAGGUGUCACAGCUUCUGACAUGUCAGUCCAAAAGGAAUUCAGCAGAUUGUCAUGAUUGUUUAAAAUGCAUGCAGCCACAAAAAAAUGCAACGUGUGAGGACAUAAGGAGAAUUACAUUCCUGUUUUUUUUGUUCUGAAACCCUUUGGCCAGAGAGCAUACACGAUAUAACCCUGCACUUGCUCCACCUGGUGUGUCAUGGAAAUCGGACUGGCUUUGCGGUGGUAAGCUACAGGUACUGCCUUUGUACCAUAAAGACAAAAUAGGUAAGCACAGAAUGUAAUAUACGGAUGAACAGCCAAUUCAUUACAUUACUUCUUUAGUUAUUCCCCAAACAUCUGAAUGCCUGCGAAGGAAACCGAAAUAUUUUUUGUUUUUCCCAUAGAAUUUCCGUCAAACCUUAUCUGAGCCCCAGAGGCCUUCCUCCAGGGAAGAUGACAAGAAUUUCCCAGCAGAGUCCACUGACUCACUGGUUUCUCACCGGACUAGUUUGCUCACAGUUCUCGAGCUUUUUCAGUGACAACCAUUCUAAAAACACACAAUCCGAGAAGCUACAGUAUCACUGAACAUUCAUUACUAAGGCAUGAUCAAUAAUUGUAAUCACCUCUAGAUAUUCAGCUUUCCUUAAUGAUGAUUGAAAUCCUCAGUACUCCCCAUGCCCAUAUCCCUAUAUGUUUAUGUUUAACUUCUUAAAGCUUUUUAACUGCUGAUGAGACUGUAGUGAAAUGUUCUAAAUCGCAACAUUCAGUGGAUUGCAGUUACUGAAACAAUUAUGACCAAAUCUUUCUUCUGUAACCCGUCAGAACAACGGGUUAAAACGAACAAAGCUUUUUUAAUGGUUCUGGUGUGCCUGGAUUUGACUGAUUAGCGCUAAAUGAAAAUUUCAGUGGAAGUACGUAAGAUGGAAUGGGUGACAUAAAUGGAGCUGGAGAGAGGCCUAAAAAUGUUUAAAGAUAAGAUCAGACAUUGAAAUUCAGACUCAAUAUAAAAUAAAAAUCCAACAAUUUUUUUUUUUAGUAGAAGCCCAUUUCUUCAGUUAGGCCUUCUAACCUGUGAUUGUCUUUGAAUUCUGUUUCAGCCAGAAAUGUCUAAUUCUGUUUCCAUGUAAUCCCCCCAAAAAUCUUCUGUGCUUUUCCAUCCUGUUGAGGAAUGAUAGGUCCUGAGAUACACAUUUUCCCUUGUUUAUUACUGCAUGAUCAGUGACAUGAGAAACAAACCACCCUUCUGACACAGCGAUAAAAGGGAUCUUCAUACACCCUGUCACUCAUCAGGUUCUUGGUAGGUUCAGCCCCUCCUGGGGGCAGAAUGUCUCCUUAAACUCAAAACAUCUUGCCCUGGAAAGUGAACUGACAAGGUCGCGAGGUCAUCAUAAGAAAAACAAACUGGUGUCAUCGCGUUUGGCUUUCUUCAAUCAAGCAAUCUUUUUCAAAGGCUGGCGACUCUAGUCCCGUCCUGGGUUCAGGCCUUGGGACAGACUCGCAGUAGCACCAGGUGCUACAGGUGAAAGGCUUGUGGAGACACCUCACAUUUUUUUUAAGCUGCCCCAUCAGAUGAACUGGAUCACUUUUUAUGGCAAAUUUUUAGUGGCUUAUUUGAGGUUUAUUGCAGAUUUGACUUACUUUGCAACUUUCUCAGUUUUGUGAACACAGAACUGUGACCUUGGCAGGCUGUAACAGGACAGUCACAGGGCUAUUUUAAGGCCUCUUUGUCUCUGUUGCACAGACAGGCCAGGUGACUGAAAAUCUGUUGGAGUUUGUAGGGAAGUAUGUUUUCCACUUAAACGAGUGGAAGAUUGUGGACACUCUGAAGAAAGUCUGAACCCUAACCCUAACUGAUAAACCUUAGCUAGGGUUAGGAUUAGGACUUCUACAAAACGUAGACAAUUUUAGAUGGUAUUGCUGUGUUUUAGGACAAAAAUUAUAUUUAGGGAUCGUGAUAUAUCACUGUUAUCUGAACAUUUUUCCUGGCAUACAGUAUAUGGCCAUUUACAGUGCAUUGUCCUGAAGGGAAAUGUUGCCCAAAAUUCAAACGUUUGGAAGAAAUUGAUGACACUUAUCAAACUCUUGCAUAUUGCAUUGAAUGUACAGGUAUUUUCAGCAUUCACUUUUGAGCAAUAACAGAGGCAUUGAGAUUUUAGACUUCAGGCCUCAAAUUACACAGUGCCCUAACUGUGACUGAAUGUAAAAAAGUCUAAUAUUCCAAGGCAGAGUAAAAAUGCCUCUUUCCCCCUUCUCUGCUUUCAAAGCCACACAUAAAGCUAAUAUCUUUGGUUGGUGUUGAUACACAGAGACAUAAAAGCGGUUCUAACAGGGAUUAGAUUCCCUCAGCCACCGGGUGUUCAUUUUAAAGAUGACCUUUAGCUUUCGACAGGUUCCUUGACGUUGCUCGGUCAGGUCUGAAUUAGGUCCCACUGGAGCGUAUGUAACUCUGAGCUUUUGCUUGAUAUUUCAUCAGCAGGACUUCCUGCACAUUAACUGUGCUAACACAUGGGUGAUAUUAAUUCAAUAGCAACAUAGCCCAGCCCACACAGGGGCACAAAACCAGUAAGGUCAAAGCCAACAGCAUCACCCUUCCCUUCCUGCAGCUACUACAUCCAGAUAUUCACACAAUGACUGCGCCUACUGAGCAAUGCAUACUCACAGUUAUUUGCAAACAAAGAUGGUUAGCUUAGACUUAGGUUUCACAAACAAGUUUUU